ACCCAGAACAGAACUCUUUGAGGGUUACCUGCGCCACCGCCGCUCUCUCUCUCGGUCGAUCCUUCUCCCUCGAGAUCUCGUACCCUUCUGCAACGAGCAGCGACCAGAAGAACCUUUCUCCCACACAGCUGCGUGUGAGCUCGUCAGAUCGGAUUGGAUCCAUCCCCUUUCUGCUGUUGGGGGUUCUCUGUUUGGCCACGGAAAUCCGCAGGGAAAACAGCAGUCAUGGUCAAAUCAAGAGAGACUGAGGUUGUUUAUGCUCCUUCAAAUUCUCAUGGUCGUAAAUCUCAUUCUGGUUCAAUUGCUAGUGAGAAAUGGAAUUUCCUGUCAGGAAACCUUGCCAAUAUGUACAGUAGGCCAGUUACGAAUGAAUCUGCCGACCAGGACAGUGAGAGUGAGGAGAUUGAUAUCAGGAAGAUAUUUAAAGACAUUGAAUACUUGGGUGCAUCCAAUAUGCCAUGGAAGGAGCGGAAGCAACUGGAGAAUAGAAAAGUUGUCGACUUAGGUGGAAAGCCUGUUAAGAAGCACCGCACACCGUUGAGUGUGGCAAAACCUGCUAUGAAAAAUCAGAAGAAGAGAGAGCUAAAGCAACAGGAACUGGACUUGAUUCUCGGCCGGUUCACAAGGAAUCGAUCGAGGACGGACAGUAAAGAUAGGAAGCUGAAGCCGGAGGAGCGGAUACUGAAAACGAGUGAGCGUAAUUUCAGGAAAGGUGUUCUGGAUGUGAAGCAUCUGUUGAAACCCAGUGGUAGUAGUGCAUCCAAAAACGGGGAUGAUUUGGAUUACAAGAAGAGCCAUAAAAAAGGAAAAGGAAAAGGGAAAGGAAAGGGUAAAGGAAAUAGGAAAGGAAAAGGUAACAAGGGCAGAAGAAAGGGACGAUGAUUAACAAAACAUGCAUUCAAUCUAAAGGUUUAGAUUGAUCUGCAUUUAAUCUCUUUAAAUUUUUACUCCAUGAGGAUAUGAACACUUUUAUUAUGCUAAUAUAGGCAUGUAUUGUUCCCAUUAAGAUAGCAAGAAUUGUAGACGUUUUGUUGUUAUGGUUGCUUAUGCCAACGUUAUGCGGUUACCAUGUCCGCCAACAACGAUCACAUGCAUCAA